UCGCCCGCAGCUUCUUCAACCUGUGUGUUCGGCUUCCUCCCGACCCCACCUCUCCCUCUCCCUCUCCCGCUGCCCCGGUCCUUCCCUGCGAAUCUACACGCAGCCUUCUUAAAUAGCUGGAGCUUUGUCUGAGCUCAGAAGCACACCACACCACACAAGAGCAGAGCUUGCUCCUCCUCCUCCACCCACCCGCAGAAUCUUUGAAAGGGUCUACAUGGGGAUCUGCGCGUCCACGGAGCACCUGGAGCAGGGGCAGGAGACGGACGAGAACAUCGUGUACGUGAUGGACGAGCAAGGCGUGGCGGCGGUGGCAGCGGGGGACGCGGCGUCGGCGAGGAAGGUCGCCUCCCUCUUCUCCCAGAAGGGCAAGAAAGGGCCUAACCAGGACUCCGUCAUCCUCUGCCAGGGAUUCGGCAUGGAGGACGGCGUCUUCUGCGGCGUUUUCGACGGCCACGGCAGGAACGGCCACCUGAUCAGCAAGCUGGUGAGGGACUACCUCCCCUUUAUGGUGCUCAGCCACCGGAACGCGCUCUUCCUGGCCGACGCCGACCUCGACGACGCGGAACACUUCAGCGACGCCUCGCCCUCCUCCUCCACGGACAGCAGCGGCAACUCGUCCCCGCACCCGUCCCAGCUGCUGGAGGAGUGGAGGGAGGCCUGCACCAACGCCUUCAAGGCCAUGGACAACGAGCUCAAGGCGCAGGCCAACAUGGACUGCUCCUUCAGCGGCACCACCGCGGUGUGCGCCAUCAAGCAGGGCAAGGACCUGAUCAUCGCCAACCUCGGCGACUCCAGGGCGGUUCUUGCGACCAUGUCCAACUCCGGGUACCUGAAGGCCGUGCAGCUCACCACUGAUCAGAAGCCCUGUCUGCCUGAGGAGGCCGAGAGGAUCAAGCGCUGCGACGGCCGCGUGUUCGCGCUCAAGGAGGAGCCCAGCGUGAUGCGCGUGUGGCUUCCCGGCGAGAACUGCCCGGGCCUCGCCAUGGCGCGCGCGCUGGGCGACUCCAGGCUCAAGCACCACGGCGUCAUCUCAACGCCACAGGUGACGGCCCACCGGAUCACCGGCGCCGACCUGUUCAUCAUCCUCGCCAGCGAUGGGGUGUGGGACGUGCUCAGCAACGAGGAGGUGGUCUCCAUUGUCUGCGCCACGCCGCGCAAGCAGCACGCGUCAAAGGCCGUGGUCGAGGCGGCGGUGCAGAGGUGGAGGACCAAGUACCCGUCGUCGCGCGUCGACGACUGCACCGCCGUCUGCCUCUUCCUGCAGGACCAGCUCACCUGGGGCAGCGCCGCCGCGGCCAGCAGGAAGGUCUAGACUCCCGAUGAGUCAAAGAAACUCUGACUCCGGCAAAGCCGGCUGUUUGCUCGAUCUUGUAUAUGCCCUUUUUUGCCGGUUUUGUUGCAAAUGUGCUGCAAAUACUGUAUUUUCUAGGUUUUGUAAGUCUGUAAUAUAGCAUUUUUUUUUGCAGAUGAAAAUGCUUUCAUCGGAGUUUGUGCUCA